AUGCGGCCACUCCAUUUUACCUUUAUGUACCACUGUGUUGGACUCCUUGAAUCUACACAUGGGCGCCAGUUCUACAAAAUCGAAGUUACCCUUCAGCAAGUGAUCAGUUUACAGUGUACACAUUUAUGUGCUCGCCGAAAGUGUUCUCGCUUUUAUGGAAACCGACUUCACAGAAUUGGAUAA